GUGACAGGGCCCAAAGGCAGGCACAGAGGAAAGUGGAAGAGAGAAAAAAGGAAGGAAAGAGGGAAAAGAAUGGAGUUUGAAGUACAGGGAUUUGGGAGGGCAGGUCCCCUUUGGGACUACCUGCUCUCUUCUGCAAAGCCACCAAUGGGGCUUCUCCCUGAGAGAAUGCACUAGGUCAUUCUUGGCUCCUUACAGCUGGGCUCCCAGUCCCCAGCACAGCACUGAAUUGACAGAGCUGGGGCAAGCAGGCAAGAAAAGCAAUGAGGAGUUGCAUUACUGCAGCCCUGCAAAACCCAAAGCUCCUGUCUCAGCCUUGUGAUAUUUAAGUCAAUUUAAUUAAUUUUUGGCGGUGUCUUGCUCAUGUUUGGUAAUGUUUAGAGUUGGCAAUACUGGUAUGGGUUUUUUUUAACUAAAACAUCUAUUGUAUUACUAAUGAAUUUUAACUGGAAGGCAUCAUGGAAACACUGGAUUUUAAGGUAGGAUUGAUGCAGAGCCCUAUGACUCAGGAACUCUGAUCUCAUUAAAAUCCAGAAACCACAGAGCCAGGCGUUCAGUGCAUGCCAAGAUGAAACAUUAGCGGUAGCUGAGCUGAAAAGGGAGAUAGAGGGCUAUAGCAAUAUCAGAAGACAACUCACAGCAAAAUGAUAUCUGACCGAGAAACAAAUGCACAUCAAAGUAGCCAGGUGGAGUUAAUGAGUUUACAAACAGAAGAAAUUAUCAAGAAAAAAACACUUCUGAAAUACAAGAUAAUAUGUGGUGUUCUUCUAGUUGCUUUGGUGGUUGUAUCACUUGGACUAGGUUUGGGAUUAGGACUAAAACAUGAAGAUCAAGUGCAAGUCAGCUGCAGAAACAGAUGUAAUGAGCCAUUUAGUAAAAAGGGCCAGAGCUGUGGGUGUGACAAUGGCUGUAAAGAGCUUCAAAACUGCUGCUGGGAUUAUGAGACUACCUGCUUGGAACCAACUCAGAUAUGGACAUGCACUAAUUUCCGUUGUGGUGAGACACGGAUAACUGGAAGCCACUGUUCUUGUUCUGGAGACUGCUUGGAGAAAAAAGAUUGCUGUGUAGACUACAAAAGCGUUUGCAAAGGAGAAAUGCCUUGGGUGAAAGAAACAUGCCCGUCACUUCACACCUCUCAGUGCCCAGAAGGGUAGGAUGAUUUG